AUGCCAGGCCUGUACGCCUUCCAAGGCACAAUGCCAAGUACACAAUCAGAAGAGAACGGCACAAAAUACACGCCCAACAUCCUCCCCUGCCGAAUCCACCACGACGGCCCCAUCGAGUCCGCAAACCGAUUCUGGGCCCCCAAGUCAGACGAGCAAGACAAAAUCGAAACAUCGCACUUCCGCGGCCGGAAACUGCGCGGCCGACGCGUCGCCAUUCCGGAUGGAUACCAGGGUGUAAUUGCAACACCAACAGAUCGCAUUCUCCCCUCUUCGCAAACGAUCGAUAAGAACGAAGAACUCGUUGAAGUCCAGCCGGAGGAACCGGUUAAGGUUCUUGAAGUCCAGGGGACGUUUGAUGAGGUGGUGGUUUGGGGACAUGAGCAUAUUCCUGCGGCGGAUGAUGCUUAUGUUAAGGGUUUGGAGGAGUGGAUUAAGUUUGCUGAGACGAUACAUGGGACGCCGGCUGCUGUGAAUGGGAAGAAAUAA